CAGCUCUCCCGUUCGUUUCCCCACCUCGCCAAGUUUAUCGUUCCUUCCCACCCAAGCCUCGCCCGCCCGCCCGCCAGCGAUCCCCGGACGGGAGAGAGCCUCCGCCGCGGCCCCGCCGUUAAUGCCGCCGCCGAUCAUGAUUUUCCGAUGAACAUGCUGGGGGGAUCUGAAGAUGGCUUCAGCGUGUCCACACCGAUGCAUUGGAUAAUGCGUUGCUGAGUUUUACUGAAGCUGCAACAAGCAUGUCAGUUGUGCAAAUAAUGAUGCAUAACCAUUCAUGCUCUGACACCCCCGUCUGGACCUUUCUUCUUCUUAUGCAACCCUGUACGAAUGAGCCUACUGCCGUCAUGAGCUUCAAAGGUGGUGCGGGUUCUAAGGUGCUCGGUUUUAUUACUGUUCAGUGAUUCCUGCUGAAGCCUCUGUCAGUGAAGUUAACGACCAUGGAAAGGUAUAAAGUAAUAAGGGAGAUUGGUGACGGGACUUGUGGAAACGUUUUUAGGGCUUACAAUAUAGAAACAAAUGAAAUUGUUGCUGUUAAAAAGAUGAAGAGAAAGUUUUACCACUGGGAAGAGUGCAUCAGUCUGCGAGAAGUAAAGGCCCUCCAGAAACUAAAUCACCCUAACAUAGUGCAAUUGAAGGAGGUGACGAUGGAAAAUCACGAGUUGUUCUUCAUUUUUGAACACAUGGACUGUAAUUUAUAUGAUGUUAUAAGAGAAAGGAGUGCUCCUUUCUCUGAAGAAGAGAUACGGAAGUUUAUGCUCCAAAUACUGCAAGGCCUUGUGUACAUGCAUAAUAAUGGAUAUUUUCAUCGUGACCUGAAACCUGAAAAUCUUCUCGUGUCAAAUGGUAUUGUUAAAAUUGCCGACUUUGGGUUGGCAAGAGAAGUAUGUUCCACUCCUCCUUACACAGAUUAUGUCUCUACCAGAUGGUACCGGGCUCCAGAGGUGCUGCUGCAAGCUUCAGCUUACACGCCUUCUAUAGACAUGUGGGCCAUUGGUGCAAUUCUGGCUGAGCUUUUUACACUGUCUCCACUUUUUCCUGGUGAAACUGAGACAGAUCAGCUAUUCAAGAUUUGCGCUGUGCUUGGGACCCCAGAUCACUCUCUCUGGCCAGAGGGAAUGAACCUGCCUCGUUCAAGUAGCUUCCAGUUUUUUCAGAUUCCGCCAAGAAAUCUGUGGGAGCUUAUUCCUAAUGCUUCCCUGGAAGCUUUAGACUUGAUCAAGCAACUUUGCUCCUGGGAUCCACGGAGAAGGCCAACUGCUGAGCAAGCACUACAGCAUCCAUUCUUUAAUGUGCGCAAGUGGGUACAAAGACCUCUCCAUGAUGCUUCCUACUCAAAGAUGAAUGAGCCUAGAGCAACACCACCAAGGUUGGAACUGGACCUUUGGGGUUUCGGUACAGAAUCUGAUGACCUUGAUCUAACUCUCAGCCUAAAGCCAAGUUCUGUAUCAGAUCUUGGUAAGCGUGUUCCAGAACGGAGAGAAGAGCAAAAUCUACUAUACCCUGGUUAUGGGAAUCCUCCUGUUCAGCCAGGGCUGUGGCCACUCAUGUCAUCAUCGCACCGCCCGUUGGGGGAAGCCCCGGUCAUGCCAUCCUGGCAACAGGCGUACAUGCUUGACAGCCAUGCCACCACGCUGCCAGCUGCUGCGGGGGGAGGAGGAUUCCCUGGCUCUUCUCCGUUCGGGCUGUUCCCUCUGCAGCCCAACCUCAUGGAGAACCGGUCGCUGGCGCCGGCGCCCAUCCGGCAGGUCAAUUUCUUCUGACCGACGACUGAACAGCAGCAGAUGAUCAUCAUCAUCAUCAAUCACCCAGCGUGCGUGGUGCGUGGUGCGUGGAGUUAUUUUUUAUACGAGUGCUAGACUCGGACAAUAAGCCGCCGUGGCGGCAGCAGCAGCGGCAGACAGCAACAAAAAUGUACAUACAUAUUCGUAGUAGUAGGUUUCACAGCAUCGUGUUUGAGAUUCUGUUAACUCUGUACAUACAAACAGUUUUGUACGAAUCAUGGGUUUUUUCUUGAUAUAUAUUUAUAAUAUCGACGAGCGAGUGAUGAAAGAUUAAGUCA